GGAGGAGAAUGAAGAGAUGGAGAUGGAGAUGAUGGAGAUGGAGUUGCAGAGAAGAAGGUAUGAGAGAGUGAGGAGAAUGGCAAGUGGGAAUGCAGUGGUGGUGUUUAGUUUGAGUGGGUGUUGCAUGUGUCAUGUGGUGAAGAGGCUGUUGUUUGGGCUUGGAGUUGGUCCUACUGUUUAUGAGCUUGAUUUGGAGAGUGGUGGGGAUGAGAUACAAGCAGUGUUGUUUCAGUUGUUGAUGACCACGUCCAACGCCGGCGCCGGAGGUGGUGCCGUCGUUCCGGUGGUGUUUGUUGGUGGGAAGCUGCUUGGUGGGUUGGAGAAGGUCAUGUCUUGCCAUAUUAAUGGAACUCUUGUUCCUCUUCUCAAGCAAGCUGGUGCACUUUGGCUUUGAAAAU